UUCAGUUGUGUAUUAGUAUUUGUUGGAGAAAGGUGAAAUAACAUCGAGCCACUUUGGACAGUCGGUACCAUUUCUACUUCAGUUGUUUGUUUCGUUUUUAGUUCUUUAGUUAGUUUUUAGUCAUAGGUUAAGAUGUCUUCCCUCAUGCACUUAGUGGUGGAGAACUACAACGAGCUGCUCGAGUCAAAAAAAGACCCCCUGGUGGACUCGUGGCUGUUCAUGCAGUCCCCCGUUCCAGUAACAACGAUUCUAGUCAUCUAUUUGUACUUCGUGUUAAAGCUAGGGCCUCAGUUGAUGAAGAACAGGGAGGCGUUCAACUUAAAGUACGUGAUGAUCGCCUACAACGCCUACCAAGUGCUGUUCAGCACGUGGCUUUGUGCGCAGGCGUUCAAAGUCAAGAACGCCGUACCGUACUUGCUCAACCACACCUGCAAGAACCCGGCUCCCAACAAGGAGUUUCAGGACGCACUGGCCUGUGGUGCCUGGUGGUACUUCUUUUCCAAAAUUGUGGAGCUGCUGGACACCGUCUUCUUUGUAUUAAGGAAGAAACAGUCGCAGGUGACCUUUCUGCACGUCUACCACCACGGGGUCACCAUGUUCUUCUCUUGGGGCUACCUCAAGUUCUUGCCGGGUGAGCAAGGAGUGGUGAUUGGCUUCCUGAACUCCAUGGUGCACAUAGUGAUGUACUUCUACUACUUCCUGGCGGCCCUAGGACCCAAGUACCAGAAGUACCUGUGGUGGAAGAAGUACAUGACUUGGAUCCAACUGACACAAUUCUGCAUCAUGCUGGCCUACCUGGUGUUCGUAAUUGCGAUGGACUGCAAGUUGCCGAAGGCGCUGACGUUCUUCUUCGUCGGCAACGUGGUGAUCUUCCUGUACCUAUUCACCGACUUCUACAGAAAAGCCUACAACAAGAAACCAAAGAGGGGGGCCGAAACGACGGUCAAAACUACUAAGGUUCACUAGAGAACAAACUAUUAGUGAGAUAUGUGCAUUUAUGUAUGAAUGAGUUUAGUAUUUAUUACAAAAUUACCUUUAGUUUGUUUUGUAUAUUUUUAACCUAAAAACAACGUUUUGGAGGAUUGAGGUUAGGUUAGUUAAAGGACUAAGAAGCAAAGGAUUUACUUUGUGGUCCAAUAUUUACUUUACUUCUUACCCCCUUGAUGAUGAUGAUGAUAAUGAUGAUGAUGUUACCUUUAGUUAUGACCCAUUGAGUCGACGUUGAAAGGAGGGCAUCCAUUUCUUGUUUUUGUAGCUAAAUUUGCUCUGCUUUUUUGUCUGUUCUACCUCAAUGAAUUUUUAUAUUCUUCGUUAUAUUAAUGAAUAAGUUUACAGUUAUAUAUUUUUUAAAUGAUGACAGGCUGAACAGAAUUGAAAGGUAUCCAUUGUUAUGAUAAUAUAAUAAGCAUUAAUAAUUUAUUUGUAUUGUUUUGUACAUAUAUAUUUUGCUUGUGUAAAUAUCGGCAAUAAAUGUAUGGUCAUGACACAAAA